GUUCUUUAAUUAACCAUAUAUCAUGUUAAUCCAUCACCACUAUCCAAUUAGGCGAAUUUGAUAUAUGAGCUACCGUUAACUGAUUUGAGGCUGUUUCGUCGCCUCCCAAAUGACCAUUUCUUAUCCUGCACCUAAUGGCAUGACAUCAGCGUACGGAUAUGGUUGAAAUUACCUUCACCCACUAUCUUUGGAGGCUUUGGUAUAACUAAAAGAACGCCCGUAACCGUGGACAGUCAUGUCGAGGGUGACCGCGUUGAAUACUUCCAGGAAGUGAGAGAAAGUGCUUAUCAGUUAUGGAUGCUUGGUUUAAGGUCAUCACUUUCUGUCUAUUAUGGAUAAAUUCAGUCAGAUCGUCUCCAGCGAGACACCCGCGUCUCAGCUUGGCUGCACAGGCUCCUAGUUAUUUCUAUAGAGGCAAUGAUGGUACAUAUACAUUUGGGUAUGAUGUUUUGGACCCAGAGUCUGGCAACACACAGUUCAGAAAUGAGGAACGGUAUUCCAAUGGAACAGUGGUGGGAAGUUAUGGGUAUAUCGAUGCUUUGGGGAAGCCUCGACGAUACGAUUAUAUUGCCGAUGAAAAGGGUUAUAGAGUUGUAAGUGCAAAAUCGCAACAGGAGUCCUACAUUGCUCCACCUGUCAAUGUAAUAGAAGAGCCUUCAACCGAAGCAGCCGUAGCUUGGACCAGGCCUCCAAAACGAAAAGGCGUCAAAAAAGUAACUAAACCAGCCGUCGAACGAAGAAUAUUCAAUUAUUAUCAACCUCCCAGUCACUAUUUAUUAUACUAGUGUUUUAAUAUUUAAUAAAUUAUUUAUGUGAAA